UCCCUCACACACUUCUCCUGACACCUUCUUCUCCGUCUUCCAGGGACCCUCCACACCACAGACAUGGCCUGCUACGACCUCUGCCGCCCCUGCGGACCCACCCCGCUGGCUAACAGCUGCAACGAGCCCUGUGUCAGGCAGUGCGAGGACUCCCGCGUCGUCAUCCAGCCUUCCACCGUGGUCGUCACCCUGCCAGGACCCAUCCUCAGCUCCUUCCCACAGAACACCGCCGUCGGAUCCUCCUCAUCCGCUGCCGUGGGCAACAUCCUCAGCUCCCAGGGAGUGCCCAUCUCCUCCGGUGGCUUUGGCUACGGCUUCGGCUUUGGAGGCCUGGGCUGCUUCGGUGGCAGGAGAGGCUGCUACCCCUGCUAA